AUGGAUGCGACUCUGCUUAGCCGCGAUGCCGAUACAACGCCGUUGGCCGUCGUCGGUUUCGCAACUCGCUUUGCCCAAGAGGCGACAAGUGCAGAUAGAUUUUGGGAGCUCUUGCUGAGAGCUCGCCAGGCAGCCACUCCUUUUCCAAAGGAGCGGUUUAACGCCAAUGCCUUCUAUCAUCCAGAUCCUGAACAUGGCGGAACGUUUUACGUUAAAGGUGCCCAUUUCCUAUCCGAAGACCCUUUGGGAUUUGACGCGCCAUUCUUCAACGUCAAUAAAACGGAGAUUAUGACCUUGGAUCCCCAGCAGCGGGUAGCAAUGGAGAAUGUCUAUCACGCGCUCGAGAAUGCUGGUAUUCCGAUGGAGAAAGCCAUUGGUUCCAAGACGUCAGUCUACGCGAGUGGAUUUAACCGGGACCAUAUGAUCCUCAUGGAUGCGGACUUGGAGACGGCGAUGAAGCAUAAACCUACUGGCGGCCAGCAGUCUAUUAUCUCGAACCGCGUCAGCUGGUUUUAUGAUUUUGGCGGACCCAGUAUUACGAUCGACACGGCAUGCUCCAGCGGUAUUGUUGCUGUCCACCUGGCAGCCCAGAGUCUAAGAUCCGGCGAUGCGGAGAUGGCUGUGGUCACGGGCGGUAGCAUUAUCUCCCACGUCCCAGAUAUCAUCGCCAUGAGCCACUCCGGAUUCUUGGGCCCUGAAGGCAAAUGCUUUAGCUUUGACCACAGAGCCGAAGGAUACGGCCGUGGUGAAGGUGUAGGGACGAUUGUUAUCAAGACAUUGGCGAAGGCCCUAGAGGACGGCGAUACGAUUCGAGCAGUCAUUCGUUCUACAGGCGUCAAUCAGGACGGGCGCACUCCCGGCAUCACCCUUCCGAGUAGCACGGCACAAACGAAUCUCAUCCGCGAGGUGUAUAAAAAAGCAGCUUUAGACCCUAAUCUGACAAUGUUUGUGGAGGCCCAUGGCACUGGCACGGCAGCUGGCGACCCCAUAGAAGCCCGGGGCAUUGCUGAUGGGUUUACUUCAGCGGAACGCGACACAACCCUGUAUAUUGGAGCUCUCAAGUCCAACAUUGGGCACUUGGAAGGUGGCGCGGGUAUCGCAGGGAUAAUCAAGUCCGUUAUGAUCUUGGAAUCUGGAAUAAUACCACCGAAUGCCAAUUUUGAGAAAGUCAACCCGAAAAUCCCAACGAAAGAGUGGAACAUUGACUUUCCGACUGAAUGCAUCCCUUGGCCGAGGCCCGGACUCCGUCGAGCUUCCGUGAACUCCUUUGGAUUUGGCGGGACUAACGCGCACUGCGUCUUAGACGACGCCUACCAUUUCCUGGAGGAGAACGGCCUUUCAGGGAACCACAACACCCGCCAAUCUGCGCCAACCGGACAAUAUAUUUGCGAACAUGUCUCAAGGCUGAAGAGAUUGUACAUCGAGACAAAGGAAGAUAUACCUAAUGGCACUGAAAAGCUUACCAACGGCGAUGCGACGAAUGGAGAUUAUGAAAUCAUUGAGGCACCGACCCCUGAUGAACCCCUAACAAACGGCACGACAACGAGGGGCGAGGUUCCUAGGGUGUUUUUACUGUCAGCCGCCGAUAAAGAAGGUGUGGGCCGAGUGGCCACAGAGCUUAACAAAUAUCUCUCAAGGCAAGACCUGCCGUUGCAGGAUUCGGAGGGGUUGCUUGAUGAUCUCGCAUAUACACUCUCGGAGAAAAGAUCAAGGCUUCGAUGGAAGACUUGUCUGCUUGCGAAUUCAAUCUCAGAGCUCAGAGACCACCUUGCAAGCGAGAAUUCAUUGUCAAAACGCAUCAACGCUCGCAAUGUCCCAAGGCUCGGUUUUGUUUUCACUGGCCAGGGAGCUCAAUACCACCGCAUGGGCCAACAGCUCCUGGUCUACCCAGUCUUUCGAAAGAGCAUAGAGGAAGCAACAGAAUAUAUGACUUCGCUUGGAAGUCCAUGGUUACUCAUGGAGGAAUUACUUAAGGACAAAUGCGAGUCACGUAUCAAUGUUCCUGAGCUCUCCCACCCUGCUUGUGCAUCGAUCCAAAUUGCACUAGUGGAGCUCCUUGCAUCAUGGAGCAUCGUUCCGAGCCGCGUUGUUGGGCAUUCUUCGGGCGAAAUCGCCGCUGCAUACUGUGCUGGGAAAUUGUCUCGUGAGGCAGCCUGGAAGGCGGCGUACUAUCGCGGAUAUGUCUCUGCUAAACAAACUGACCCCAAAGGGUCUAUGAUUGCGGUUGGCCUUGAGCAAGAGAAGCUUCAGUCUUAUUUGGAGAAGGUGAAAGUAGAUUACGAAGGCGAACUGAUUAUCGCUUGCUAUAAUUCACCGAAGAAUAAUACCGUUUCUGGCGAUGAGGCGAUGGUCGAUGCUUUGAAAACGCUCCUUGAUUCUGAAGGAAUAUUUGCCCGGAAGCUCAACGUCCAGAACGCUUACCAUUCCGCGCACAUGAAAGCCGUCGCCGAUGAGUACUGUGAACUAAUGGGCACACUGUCUGGCGAACAUCCGGACUGCACGAAUAAUAUCCACAUAUUCUCGACUGUUACCGGAAAGCAGGUUAUGGACUCCUCAUUGGAAGCUGCUUAUUGGGUUGAAAACAUGGUUUCUCCUGUCAGAUUCACAACCGGUCUUCGUGCAAUGCUUUUCCAAUCAGACGAAGACAGCAUUGAGCACAAAGCCUUGGUCGAUGUGAUUAUCGAAAUCGGUCCUCAUGGAGCGAUGCAAUCCGCCGUUAAGGAAACAGUCGCUUCCAGCGGAUCUGAAUCCCACGUCUCGUAUUAUUCCGUCCUUAAUCGAAACGAACCCGAUGUUAGCACUCUUUUGAAUACAGUGGGAGCUUUGGCUUGCAAAACCUCCCCGGUUAACCUGCAGGAGGUUAAUUGUGCCAGUGGCCAGAAGCGACAUCCUCGAUUACUUGUUAACCUUCCUCCGUAUGCGUUUGAACAUGGGGAAAAAAGUUAUUAUGAGAGCAGACUAGCGAAGAACGUCCGACAACGAGAGUUCCCACGACAUCAACUACUUGGCGCUCCAGUGCAGGAUUGGACGCGGUUUAACCGUAAAUGGAGACAGUACUUCAGGCUUUCUGAAAACCCUUGGUUAAAGGACCAUGUGGUUACGGAUAAUGUUAUCUUUCCUGGAGCUGGCUAUUUGGUUAUGGCACUCGAAGCAGUCAAGCAAACUGCAGGCGAGGCGGUGCACGUAACCGGAAUCAGAUUUAAAGAUGUGAGCAUCAAGUCAGCGCUGGUAAUUCCGGACACGAAUGCGGGUGUUGAAGUGUCUCUGUCCGUUCUUCCUGUCAACGAGUCCAACCAGUGGACUUCUACGGUUUGGAAGUUUUUCCAGCUAUCCUCUUAUAUCCCUUCUUUUAAUGAUUGGGUUGAACAUUGCUCGGGUUACGUUGCUCUCGAGUACCAAGCCUCUGCUCCCGACCUUGUUGGGAACGGCCAGGAGGGUUUGGCAGCGAAACAAGCAUGGCAGGAUGCUCUGGAUCAAGCUAUGGAAACCUGCCAAGCUCCAAUGGAUGCUGGAAAGCUCUAUGAAAACCUGGAGACAAUCGGCAUGAAGUACGGACCUUUAUUUAGAAAUUUAUCGAACGUGGCUGUCAGUGGACAAGGAAAAGGAACCGUGUUGGGCGAAAUGAAAGUCCCAGAUCUCAGGUCCGUGAUGCCUAAAGGAUAUGUCCACCCACAUGUCAUCCAUCCUACAACAUUGGAUAACACACUCGUUGCCGGUCUUAUUGCUGUUUGUGACAACAUCGGCCAGGCAGUGUUAAAACGGCCGGUGGUGCCAACAUUUAUCAAGGAAGCCUGGGUUUCAACCGGCAUCAGCUCUCAGGAAGGGGCAAGGUUCCGCUGCUACGGCCAAGUGUCUGUAGCGGCAUAUGAAUCCUACGAUUAUAGCUCUAAAUGCUGGGACUUGAUUGGUUACGGCCUCGAGUGGAAGCCCGCCGUUAAUGUGCUAGAGACUCCGGAAUUCCUUGAUUCAGCCCCGGUCAUUGCGAAAACGCCUCGCGAAAAACAGCUAGAUGCCGCUGUCAAUCUACAGCUUGCCACCAUUCUCCUCAUCACAGACGGGCUUGCAGACCUCAAGGAAAACCCUCCCGCCCAGCCGCUUGACGGCCACCUCAAGAUAUAUUUUGACUGGAUGGAACGUGUUGUUGCCGAACUUACCUCUGGGUCUCUGCUCCACGUUCCUUUGGAGCUGUUUGAGAAAUAUUCCGAGAACAAGGACCUAAAAGAGGAACUCUAUCGGUCCCUGAUGACAGAUUACGAUACGGAUGGACAGAUCCUCAUCCGCUUGGGAUCUCAGAUUGCAUCGGUCGUUAGACAGGAAGUUGAUCCGCUAUAUCUUAUGUUCGGCCAGGAUGACCUGUUAGCCCGCCAUUAUGAGGAAGUUAUAUUGCUAAAUGACGGCCUCGAGACUGUGCAAAAGUAUAUAUCUAUGAUUUCCGAUAAUUUCAACGGUCUUGAAGUUCUAGAAAUUGGUUCCGGUACUGGAAGCUUCACGAAGUUGAUGUUGAACUUGCUUUGUCCAAGAUCUGGAGCUGAAGAUGAUGCCGGAAACCCAGGCAAGAUCGCACGGUAUACAUUUACGGACAUUUCACCUAGUUUCUUUUCCAAAGCAAAGGACAGACUUGAGCCGUGGAAAGACCUCCUUAACUUCCAGAAGCUAGAUAUUGGAAGCGACCCUCUGGCCCAGGGCUUUGAUGCCGCAAAAUACGAUAUUAUCGUUGCCAACAACGUGCUCCACGCCACACCUGAUUUGAAGAAGACACUUGAACACGCGCGCUUGCUACUUAAGCCUGGAGGCAAGUUCUUGAUUCAAGAGGGUGUCCGGCCAGAUAUUCACUGGGUUUCACUUGUUUUUGGGCAGCUUCCGGGUUGGUGGCUAUCGACCGACCCCGUCCGUAAAUGGUGUCCUUACAUCACUGUGCCCGAAUGGGAUGGUUUCCUUCGAGACGCAGGUUUCUCUGGUCUGGAUAUCAAUAUACCUAGCUCACAUUAUCUUGACCUUGCGAAUGUGAGCACGAUGGUUACGACUGCGGAAAAUACUUCGAAAGGGAUUCCAAACGCUAACAGCGAACUUAUCAUUCUUUGCCAUGUUUCCGAGCGCGAGACCGAGCUUAUUUCGAGCAUCAAAACUGAAAUUGCAAGUCACUUUGGGAUUAGCAAUUGUCUUGUGCUGCAGCCAUGCGAUUUGGAGAACAAGGAUGUCACCAAUGCGUUUUGCAUUUCUCUGCUAGAACUUCAAGAUCCCGUUCUAUUUUCACUCUCCGAAGAUGAGUUUACGACCUUCCAGCGUUUUUUAUCCACCUGCAAAAGGUUGUUGUGGGUGACUGGUGAUUCACGUUCAGAGCCGGCGUUCAAUAUGGUCAAUGGUCUAUUACGUACAGUUCGAUGGGAGCGUGACGCUGAAACCGUGGAUUUUACGACUCUUGCUGUUGCAGACUUUGGCUCUGUGCCUAGCAACGCCCUCGCGCAUUCCAUUUCCAAGGUGUUUCGUUAUCAAUUUCUAACCGGUCAAACUGAACACGCAAAUGCGGAGUACUAUGUGCAAAACAAUAUGAUUCACACAAACCGUAUCGUUGAUUAUGCUGCGGCUACCAAUUUCUUAGCCAGACAAUUUACGGCACCUGCUCCAGAGCCGAUAACCUGGAAGGACGUUGGACGCCCCGUUAAACUUGAAAAUGCCGCGCCAGGCCUGCUAAAUAAAUUGCAAUGGGUCACCGAUACUUCUUCGUCUCAACCCCUCGGGGAGGCUGAGGUUGAAAUUGAUAUUCGUGCUGUUGGGCUCAAUUUUGUCGACCUCCUAACGGUGAUGGGGGAAUUGCCCUGGGACGUUGUCGGACGAGAGGCAGCCGGAAUUAUAACCAGAGUUGGGCCGGCAGUUAGCUGGCUUCAACCUGGUGAUCGUGUGGUAUACAUUGUCGACUCCCCAAAGAAGGGUACCUUCCAGACGUAUGGCCGCGUAAAUCAAGACGUUGUGGCAAGAAUUCCAAAUAACAUGAGUUUUGAAGUUGCGGCUGGACUGCCGAUCGUCUAUGCAACCGUCAUUUACGGCUUAGAGAAUGUCGGCAGAUUAGCCGAGGGCGAGAGAAUCCUUAUUCACUCUGCUGCCGGUGGUGUUGGGCAAGCUGCCAUCCAAUAUGCCAAAGCAGUCGGUGCUGAGAUCUUCGCAACCGUUUCAACUGUCGAGAAAAAGGAGUUUAUCAUGAAAGAAUACAAUAUUGCUGAAGAUCAUAUUUUCUCUAGUCGCGAUUUCAGUUUCGCUAAGGGUAUUAUGAGGCUGACUGGCAACGUCGGUGUGGACGUGGUUUUGAACUCGCUUUCCCGGGAAGCACUUCGUCGAUCUUGGGAGUGCGUUGCGCCUUUUGGCCGAUUUAUUGAGAUUGGUAAGAAGGACCUGGUUGCAGGUGGUAAGAUUGAUAUGUCGCCCUUUGUCCACAACAUUAUGUUUGCUGGGGUGGAUUUGCUUGCUUUGGCGGAGCAUAAGCCAAAGGUUGUUCAGCAAGUACUUCAAAGAACAAUGGACCUGUGGGGAGAAAGAAAGAUUACCGGCGCUCGACCGAACACAGUCUUGAGCUACGCUCAAGUGGAAGACGGCUUGCGCAUGUUGCAGUCUGGAAAGCACACUGGUAAGAUUGUCUUCACACCGAAUGCGGAAGACGUUGUGCCUGUGGUUCCGGAGAUCCCGCCUCCAUUCAAAUUCGACCCUAAUGCAUCUUACGUGCUUGCCGGUGGCCUUGGAGGCAUUGGAAGGAGUUUGGCACAAUGGAUGGUCUCUCGUGGUGCAAAGCAUUUGGUUUUCCUCUCCCGUUCUGGCAAUAUCACGAAACCAGUCGAGGAGAUGAUUACGGCACUUGAGGGCAAAGAGUGUCAAGUGAAGAUCUUCAAAUGCGACGUUUCUGACAUUGAGAGAAUGCGUGUCGUGGUUGAAGAGUGCCAACAGAGCCUGCCCCCGAUCAGAGGAUGCAUCCAAGGCUCUAUGGCUCUAAGAGACGCCGCCUUUGAGAAUAUGUCCUACGAUAACUGGACCACCACAACGAGACCAAAGGUGCAAGGUUCUCUAAACCUCUAUGAAUGUUUGCCCAAGGACCUUGAUUUCUUCCUCAUGCUCUCUUCCGUAGGCGGAAUCAUGGGGGGUAGGAGUCAGGCAAACUACGCUGCCGGAAACACCUAUCAGGAUGCUCUCGCUCGAUCACUUAAUGCAAAGGGCAUGCGAGCAGCCAGCCUGGACCUUGGGAGCGUCUUAACCGUUGGAUUCGUAGCUGAAAACAAGGACUAUACCCGUCACGUCUCCAGGACAAUCGGGUCGAUGCGUGAAGACGAGGUUCAUGCAAUGGUGGAAUACCUCAUUGACCCUCGCUACCCUCUAACCGAGUCCACUUGCCAGGUCAUCUUCGGCCUAGGCACCAUCAGAUCCUUCCAAGAGCGCGGCAUGCCUCCUCCAGAAUGCUUCAGUUAUCCAACUUUCACAAUCCUUCGCAACACAAUCACGUCGGGCGACCAAGGGUCCGGUGACACUCAAAUAUACCAUGUCCAAGCCCUCCUCGCCACAGCGAAAAGUCGUGAAGAAGCCGCUGAGGUCGUCACCAGUGGUAUUCACAGAAAACUGUCUGUACUACUGAACGUGGCCGCCGACCAGAUUGAUUCCAGCAGAUCGAUUCGAGCUAAUGGUGUUGAUUCACUCAUUGCCAUGGAGUUCCGAACAUGGCUGUCGAAGGAGCUGGGGGCGGAAUUGCCUCUUAUUGAAAUCAUGGCUGAGGGAAGUAUUUCAGAUUUGAGCAAGAAGGUUGCAGCAUUGAGCAAAUUUGUCCAGAAUAAUUUUCGAGAAGGGAAUAAGGAAACCUAA